AUGGAGCCGUCCGAUGAUCUGGCGACGGAGAUGGAGAAUGAGAAGAAGGCGGUGACUCAAAAGGUGUCAUUGCUUAAGCUCUUCUCCUUCGCAGAUUUCAACGAUUGUGUUCUCAUGACUCUCGGAUCAAUCGGCGCGUGCAUUCACGGCGCCUCCGUUCCGGUCUUUUUCAUAUUUUUUGGCAAACUUAUCAACGUUAUUGGUAUUGCUUAUCUAGAUAGUCACCAAGCCUCUCACAAAGUCGCCAAGUACUCGUUGGAUUUUGUAUAUCUCAGUGUGGCUAUACUAUUCUCAUCAUGGUUAGAGGUUGCAUGUUGGAUGCAUACGGGAGAGAGGCAAGCAGCAAAAAUGAGGAGAGCUUAUCUCCGGUCAAUGUUAAGUCAAGACAUAAGCUUAUUUGAUACUGAAGCUUCCACCGGAGAAGUCAUAUCCGCCAUCACCUCCGACAUCCUCGUCAUCCAAGACGCACUCUCUGAGAAGGCAGGGAACUUCUUGCACUAUAUAAGCCGGUUCGUAGCCGGUUUUGCAAUCGGAUUCACGAGCGUAUGGCAAAUAAGUCUCGUCACUCUAGCCAUAGUCCCUCUCAUUGCUCUAGCUGGCGGUGUCUAUGCGUUUGUAGCCAUCGGACUUAUCGCCCGUGUCCGGAAAUCAUACAUCAAGGCCGGUCAGGUUGCGGAAGAGGUUAGUUACUUCUCUGACAAGGAAAGCUCAUAG